UGGUUAGAAAUCUGAUUUUUAGAAAAAUAUAUAAAAUCUUGGUGACAUCCAGAAGAGUCAUCAGAUCUUCCUUGAACACCGUCACGAACUUUUUACCAUGAAGCUGCUUAGCAUUUUCGCUUUUUGCAUCGUUGCCGUUAACGCUGCCGACAACUCGACAUUAUCGGAGAGCGAUGAAGCCCUUCGCGUGAAACGAGGUUGGUUUAAAGGUGGGAGUGCUGCUCCGGUAGUGACAUACUACGGACCUCCUCCAGGAGCUGCUCAAGCGGCAGCUGCUGCGCAGGCGGCCCAAGCAGCCCAAUAUGCUGCACAUGCAGCUCAACAGGCUGUUCAAGCUGCUGCUGCUGCUGCCCAUGCAGCCCAACAAGCAGCCAGUCAAGCUGCCGCAGCCGCUCAAGCAGCACAAGCGGCUCAAGCGGCCACAGCCGCUGACAUAGCGCAAGCUGCACAAAUUGCCAGCGCAGCUCAAGCGGCUGCUUCUCAGGCGGCCCAAGCUGCUCAAGCGGUUCAGGCAGCCCAGGCAGCGACUGCCGCUCAAGCAGCCCAGGCGGCGUCCGCUGCUCAAGCUGCCCAGGCGGCGACCGCAGCGCAAGUUGCCCAAACUGCCUACAAUUACGGAAAAUAAACCAACGGAGAACGAAGACGAGAAACAAAGUUAAGACCACAAACGAUACAAUCUGUAAAGGUGUACCUACUGGAUGCAAAUCGACUCAAUUUCACCCCAUACUGCAUGGCCAAAUGCAGCAUUCUUGCAUAAUUGCUCACUCAAUUUAAUCUCGAUAACAAUUUCUCACAAACUCUUCUCGUGUCUGUUGGAAUUUUCCGCAUCCAAAUCCUGAAAUAAAAUUUUUAAAGAAACCAAAA